UUUGGUUUUGCCACACAGAAGAGGAAGGAGGGUAUUCGUUUUUGUUUACUUUUUAAUUUUGACUCACACCUUUACACACUCGACCAUAAAAGACACCAACGCUACCCAUUUAAACUCCGACACCCGAAUACUCACUCUCUCCCAGGGGAAAAUACAAACUCUCGUCUCUUUUUUCUGUUCUCUUCUUUUUUUAAAUCCUUUUCCCAAAUCUCAUCCUUCUCUCUCUUUAAACUAAGAGCCACUGAGAAUUAAGAAUUAAGAACAAGACAAAGUCUCCCCUUUGAUUUCCUCAUCAGAUCUCUUCGUCCUACUACACCCACGAAAAAUGGCACAGGACAGCACCCUCUCCACAUGAAUGCCUUACUAUUUUCUUCACAAACACUCACGCGAUACAUACCUAACAUUUAUACAAUACAUAUCCACCAAUAAAUGAGGUGUAAGAAGCAUCCUUGCGACCUCAGCAGCACCGUCGGCGUCUGCGCCUCCUGUCUCCGCGAACGCCUUCUUUCCCUUAUCGCCGCACAGGCGCAGGUUCAACAGUCACAGCACCAUCCGCAAUUAGUUCGCGCUCACUCGCGCGCCGCUGUAGAUGAUAGCCGCAAGUCUGACGCCCGCCCACCUCCACUUAUAUUCCCUCGUUCCGUUUCCCCUUACGUCGCUCGCCGGAAAUCGGACGACACGUCCAUCUGGUCCCACCAUUUCCGCUUCUACAGUACUCCUCAAGUGGGUCCCACUUACAACUCUGCCUCCACCGCGGCCGCCCCAGCCGCCUGUAAAACGAAGCAAGGUAGAUUCUCCCUCCUCUCCAAUCUUUUCCGCUCCAGAUCCGAGAAAUUUAAUAUCGAUCCUGCUGGUUCCGGUACUGGGGUCCCUUCUCGGAAUUCGAGCGAGGCAUCUUCUUCUUCUCCUUCCUGGUUCUCUACCGUUUUGUCCCGUCGAAGGAAAAAGCAAUCUGCGCUCUUCUCUGCAGAAUAUUCCACCGCUGUUGGCCAUAAACCUCGGAGGAGAACAGAUCGAGGAAUGUCGCCGGCUGGAGGGCCCGAUUCAGAGGACGAGUGCGAGGAUUGCGACCGGUCUCCAUCGGGCAGCGGGUCCUCUUCAGAGUCAACUCAGUGGUGGAAGAGAACACCUGUAGCGCCGGCGGCGGUGAGGCGCGGGAAGUCUGGGCAAGGCAAAAACAUGUCGGGAUUAGCAUUUUGUUUGAGUCCUCUGGUGAGAGCCAGCCCCAACAGGCACUGGAACCAGAAAGGCGGACUGCCACCUGACAUGGGGUUAUCCGGCGAGGUCAGAGUUCCAGUGAAGCCCCAUCUGUCGACGGCCGCGUCAUUUUGCGCUAAUAGGUCCAGGAAGCUUUGCGAUUUUGGAAGAGUCAAUCGCAACCGUUGAGAAUGCGAUUCGUUGACAUUCGACUGCGGUGGUCGCUAUAAAGUACGGUUUUGCCCCUUCUCAAUUGCGGUCGGUCCUGUUAUUAUCAUCAUCAUCAUCAUCAUCAUCGACGCUACAUUUUUCUCUCUCUGUCUUUUUUUUUUUUUUUUUUU